AUGUCAGAUUACGGCCAGCAAUAUACAACAUCCUACGGCGCCAAUGGCGCAGCGGACGGCGGUGGUUUCAUAGGCGGCGAGCCAAACAGCAGUCAAGCCGGUGCUGGCGGGCAACGAGGAUAUGGCAAAGACACAGUUCGACCAGUGACGAUAAAACAAGUCAUCGAUGCGCAACAGCCACAUCCAGACGCAGAUUUCAAAGUUGACGGCGAUGCAAUAAGUCAGAUCACAUUCGUUGGUCAAAUACGCAGCAUCAGCACACAGACUACAAACAUUACCUACAAAGUAGACGACGGUACCGGCAUCAUCGAAGUCAAGCAAUGGAUCGAUACAGACGCGCAGAACGAUCCAAUGGACAUGGACUCCAAAUCAAAACUGGCAGAAGAAGUCUACUGCAGAGUCUGGGGGCGGGUCAAAGCCUUCAACAACAAGCGACAUGUUGGUGCGCAUGUUAUCAGGCCCAUCGCAGACUACAAUGAGAUAAACUAUCACCUACUUGAGGCAACCGCUGUGCAUCUACACUUCAGCCGUGGCCCCCCAGCAGCCCAGGGCGGAGCAGCGCAGAAGGGCGCCAAUGGCGUCGAUGGUGGACAGCAAGGUUACGAUGCAGGAGGUGCCAAUGGAAUGCCUCAUAUGUCGCAGUAUGCUAGAAAGGUGUACCAGGCCUUGAAGCAGACAGAUUCGAACGAAGGCUUGCAUGUGCAAAUGCUGGCGAGUACCAUCGGUAUGCCAACCAACGAUGUGUACAAGGGAGCAGAAGAACUUCUUGGCAGCGGCAUUAUUUUCACAACUGUGGACGACAAUACGUGGGCGUUGCUUGAUGGAUGA